ACUCUACUGGGGUUCUAGAGAUCAAUCUCAAUGUCCAAAGAGGGCUAAGAUUCCAUAUUAAUCAGGGACAAGAAUUCACAGUAGAAACAAUUAGAUCCAAUGAAAAGUUUUCAGUUGUUGAUCUACCUUGGAAGAUAAUGAAUCACUUACCUUAGAAGAUAAUGAAUCAUUCAGUGAGAGUAGGAACUUUUGAGAGAACACUACAUCAUGAUGACAAUAGUGGAUCCUUUCCAAAGUUUAUGAGAUCCGAGUAAAAUGACACUGCUGGUGUAUUCUCUUCUCAUAUAAUGUCAUCCGUUGCUUCCAUUAAUCAAAAUCUCAGAGCGCUGUACAAAGAGGGUUGCUUGAAGGAGGCUGUUGACGCUCUGCUUGCUACCCACUACACUCAUGUUGAUUCUUCUACAUAUAUCCAUUUAUUGCAAGGUUGCAUUACCAAGAAAGCCCUUUCAGAGGGCAAGAAAAUUCAUUCUCACAUAAAAGACAGGGGAUAUAUAUUUGCCAAGGACACAUUUUUACAGAACACGAUAAUCAAUAUGUAUGACAAAUGCGGUAGUUUGGUUGAUGCUCGCAAUGUUUUGGACAACAUGACUGAACCAAACGUAGUCUCAUUCAAUAUGACCAUUGCAGCUUACCGAAAACAUGGAUUCCCUAAGGAAGCCUUGGCACUGUUUCACAAACUGGAACGAUUAGGAAUCCAACCUGAUGAUUUCACCAUCUCCACUAUUCUCCCUGUGUGCGCCAGCAUGGGAUGUCUCAACCAUGGUUUGCAGAUCCAUGGCAAAACCAUUAGAUGUGGGUUUCAAUCUAACGUUGUUGUGAUGAAUACCCUGAUGGACAUGUAUGGCAAAUCUGGAAGGUUGCAGGAGGCGCAACAACUGUUUGACAGAAUGAGUAAACGAGACGUGGUCUCAUGGAUCGCAAUUAUUGGUGCUUAUGCACAAAUUGGGUUUGCUGAAAAAGUCUUGGAGAUUUUUACGCAAAUGCAGUUGGCAGGUGUGAGGCCGAAUUCAGUCAUUUUUACUACCAUUCUCCCAGCAUGUGCGAAAAUGGGAGCUUUGAAACAAGGUAUAGAAAUCCAUCCAAAGAUAAUUAAAAGUGGAAUUUUGUCAGAUGAUAUAGUCAUGACUGCCCUGGUUGACAUGUAUACAAAAUGUAGAAGCCUACACAGCGCACGCCAAUUGUUUGAUAAGAUGUUUCAGCGAGAUGUGGUUUCAUGGACUGCCAUCAUUUCUGGAUAUGCGCAAAUAGGGCCGGUGGAUGAAGCCCUGGAUAUUUUUAAGCAAAUGCAAUUGGAAAGCGUCAAGCCAAACGUGACAACCUUUGCGAGCAUCCUCUCAGCAUGUGCCAAAUUAGGAGUUUUGGCAGAGGGGAAGGAAAUUCAUCAGAAAAUAAUGGAACUUGGAUUUUCACCAGGUGUGAUAGCUCUGACUGCCCUCAUAGAUAUGUAUGCCAAAUGUGGAAGCAUACACAACGCGCGCAAGUUGUUUGACAAACUGCCAGAACGAAAUGUUGUCUCAUGGAAUACCAUUAUUACAGGGUAUGCACAAAAUGGUUUUAUCGAUGAAGCUUUUAGGCUUUUCAAAGAAAUGCCUCAACAAAAUAUGAUCUCAUGGACUGCAAUUAUUGCUGGAUGUGCACAAAAUGGGCUUUUUGAUAAAGCUUUGGAGUGUUUCAAGCAAAUGCAAUCAGCAGGCAUAAAGCCAGAUUCAUUAACAUUUGCCAGCAUUCUCCCAGCUUGUGCAAAACUUGGAGCUUUAAAAAAGGGAAUGGAGAUUCAUCAAAAAGUAAUUGAAAGUGGGAUUUUCAGUGAUGUGGUUGCAACCACCCUGAUAGACAUGUACGCAAAAUGUGGCAAUAUACAGAAGGCACGCAAUGUGUUUGACAAAAUGCAUCAUCUAGACGUGACUACAUGGAACGCAAUGAUUGCAGGAUAUGCAAUGCACGGCUAUAGUGAAGAUGCUCUCGAACUCUUUCAACAAUUGAAGCACUCCCUAGCCAACCCUGAUCAUAUAAGCUUCGUUUGUGUUUUAUAUGCAUGCAGCCAUACAGGUCUAGUGGAUGAUGGCUGUAAAUUCUUUAAGCAAAUGAGUGAUCCUUAUCACAUCAUGCCUACAUGGGAUCAUUAUCUGUGCAUGAUGGACCUUCUUGGCCGUGCUGGCUAUCUUGAAGAAUCCCAAAAUUUUAUCAUUAAAUUACCAGUAAAACCUGACGCAGUAUUGUGGCUGUGUUUGCUUGGCGCUUGUAGAGCAUAUAAAAAUGUAAGACUAGGAAAAUUUGUAGCAACACUUCUUUUUGAAUUGGAUCCUGAGAAUGCCGCGCCUUAUAUUCUUCUGUCAAACAUGUACGUGGAAGCAGGCAGGUGGGAAGAUAUUCCAAAGCUAAAGAAAUUGCAGAAACAAAGAGGUAUUAAAAAAGUUCCUGGUUGUAGUUGGAUUGAAGCCUGCAACUCGGUACAUGUUUUCUGCGUUGGAGACAGAUCACACCCACAAACAUAUGAGAUCUAUGCACUGUUGGACAAAUUGUCUUUGGAGAUAAAGGCAGUAGGGUAUAUUCCAGAUAAAAAACCUGCAAUGAAUGAUGUCGAAGAGGAGGAGAAGGAAUUGCUACUAUGCCAUCAUAGUGAAAAGUUAGCAAUUGCAUUUGGAUUGUUAAACACGCCCAGUGGAACAACAAUUAGAGUUGUGAAGAACCUUCGAGUAUGUGGUGACUGUCACAUUGCAACUAAGUUUAUCUCUAAGGUUGUUGCAAGAGAGAUUGUUGUGAGAGAUGCAAACCGCUUCCAUCAUUUCAAGGACGGAAAAUGUUCGUGUGGAGAUUAUUGGUGAUGCUAAGUGAACCAUAAACACAAGAUUGCAUGAUAACUAGUACAUGGUGUCGAAACUGCAGUGGUAAGAAAGAAUUGGGUUUUGAUGAGUUUCUUGAAAAAACGGUUCAGCCAGAAUAUAAGAGCUAGACCACCAACACCAUGGACACCCAAAAAUGGUUUAGCCAGACUGUAAGAGCUAGAUCAGCGAGAUCAGUUUCUUGUGGGCAUCAUGGACAACAUCCGUCACUUCUUAGGAAUAUUGAUGGGAUGUUUGUUGAAGCCCUCAUAAUACCAGUGUCAUGAGAUUGAACUGUUUUACAGGAAUCCUGUACACCUUUGGGUUGAGAAUCUGGAGGUGGUGGAAGAAUGGAAAACAUAUAAUGAGACGAACGCUUCAUAAGACAAUAAGCUGCACACCCAACAAAAAUGUAAGGGAGCGUCUUACAAUCAAGCCGAUGGUUGGAUAUGGUGAUCACUCUUCAUGAUUCGCUUCUACAUUUGUCCUUUUGUAUUGGCUUUCAUUUCUGAACAAUUAUUUAUCUUGUGCCUAUCCCAUGUCUGUCAUUUGUGCUUAACUUAGAUGUGCAAAAUUAAACAUGCAAAUUUACUUCAUACAGUUAAUUUUGUGUCCUUGUUGAGAUUAAAGACUGUUCAAAUCUGAUUAUUAGAUUCCUUAGAGGAAUUUUGGUAAAAAGCAAGAGAUCAUUUUUGGGUGCACUUAAAAUCCCCUUUAUAACUCAUACAAAUCUUAUUUGUCACUCAAUCAUAUCCCAUAGAGCAGCAUAUUUUCGGGUUAUUUGUUUUCCUGUAAAUAAUCAUGCAUCUGAAAUAAUGGUGCAAAAAAUAUUUUGAGGUUGCACUUCCCCUUA